AAGAAGAAAAAAAACUUACAUUUAAAAAACCAAAAAACUCUUUUUUUUCUUUUUUUAGUUUUUAGAUGAUUUUUAUAUGUCAUGAACCAACAACAUCAACAUAGAAACACCAUCAUCACCAGUUACAUUUCCAGACAAAAAUUUUUAGUUUUUAAUUAUUUUUAUUUUUCCUUUUUGUUUGACACUUAAAAUGACCCUCACCCAAAUCUCUGCCUAAUAAAAUUUCAGCCUCUCUAUCUUCGCUUAUAUUUCCAUUCAAUCAAUCUCUCAAAAAAAAAAUUUUUUUCUGUCAUUUUUGGCAUACUUUCUAUCUUUGUUUUAUCCCCAAUAAUCCAAAGACCAAGACUGUCCUUUUGUUUCAAAGUCUUGAUUUUUAUUUCUGGUUUUCUAUAUAAGGCCCCAAAAAUGAAUUUUUGAACAUUUCAUCAAGGAUCUGAGCAUGACCCAUCAAGUUUUUUUUUUUUUUUGGAUAAUUGAUCUAAGAUCUGGAGGGGCGAGGAAAUUAAGUGGAAUGUGAAUUGCAUGGGGUGAGGAUGCCAGAAUUGCGAAGUGGAGCCCGAAGAUCGAAACGCCUUGAUGAACUUCAGCCUCCUCCUCAACCGGUUGAUCAAGCACAGAAUUGGGUACUGCCUGCCCAAAACAGAACCAGGAGGAGAGUUGGCGGAAGAGGGAGGGGUAAUGCUGCAGCUGUAGCCAAAGGGCCCUCAACGGUGGUACCCACAAGGCCAACAGCUGCUGGUAGAGGCCGGGGCAUUAGGUUGAUAGAUUUAGACCCUGAGCCUUGUAAGGUUCUUCCUGAGGCUGCACCUCUAGCUGCCGCUGAACCUGCUUUCAACCGAGUAGAGGUAGUGGCAGAUAGACAUAUUGCGAUGGAGGGUGGGAGUGCUGAUAAAAUAGUGGGAGUUGAAGAAGAAGCUAGCACAACCCCAGUGCCUGAAAGGGUACAAGUGGGUAAUUCUCCUGCAUAUAAGAUAGAAAGAAGAUUGGGUAAGGGUGGUUUUGGUCAAGUUUAUGUUGGCCGAAGGACAAGCGGUGGUACUGAUAAAAUUGGAGCAGAUGCAAUUGAGGUAGCCUUGAAGUUUGAGCACCGAAACAGUAAAGGUUGCAAUUAUGGUCCACCUUAUGAGUGGCAAGUGUACAAUACCCUAAACGGGUGCUAUGGGAUUCCUUCGGUGCACUACAAGGGUCGCCAGGGAGAUUUCUACAUUCUGGUGAUGGAUAUGCUUGGUCCUAGUCUAUGGGAUGUUUGGAAUUCUCUAGGACAAUCGAUGUCAUCCAAUAUGGCUGCCUGCAUUGCAGUGGAGGCAAUAUCAAUUCUUGAAAAGCUUCAUUUAAAGGGGUUUGUGCAUGGAGAUGUGAAGCCUGAGAAUUUUUUACUAGGUCGACCUGGAUCAGCCGAUGAGAAGAGGCUAUAUCUUAUUGAUCUUGGUUUAGCUUCUAGAUGGAAAGAUGCACAUUCUGGUCAACACGUUGAUUAUGAUCAAAGGCCUGAUGUAUUCAGGGGAACAAUUAGGUAUGCUAGUGUACAUGCACAUUUAGGUCGGACUGGAAGUCGUAGGGAUGACCUUGAGUCAUUGGCCUACACAUUGAUAUUUCUAAUAAAAGGACGGUUACCAUGGCAGGGUUAUCAGGGGGAUAACAAGAGUUUUCUGGUUUGCAAGAAAAAGAUGAGCACUUCUCCAGAGUUGAUGUGUUGCUUUGGUCCUGCUCCAUUUAAGCAGUUCCUUGAAGCUGUUGCAAAUAUGAAGUUUGAUGAGGAGCCCAAUUAUGCCAAGCUAAUAUCCUUCUUUGAAAGCCUAAUUGAACCAUGCACGCCAUUGAGACCAAUUAGAAUUGACGGAGCUCUUAAGGUUGGCCAAAAGCGGGGAAGAUUAGUCAUUAAUUUGGAAGAAGAUGAGCAACCUAAGAAAAAAGUACGACUAGGUAGUCCCGCUACUCAGUGGAUUUCUGUUUACAAUGCACGUCGUCCUAUGAAGCAGAGAUAUCACUACAAUGUAGCAGAUUUGAGAUUACGUCAGCAUGUAGAUAAGGGUAAUGAAGAUGGAUUGUUUAUUAGUUGUGUGGCAUCAGCAGCUAAUCUCUGGGCCCUGAUCAUGGAUGCGGGAACAGGCUUCUCUUCCCAGGUUUAUGAAUUGUCAACAGUCUUUCUGCACAAGGAUUGGAUUAUGGAGCAGUGGGAAAAGAACUACUAUAUUAGUUCAAUAGCUGGAGCAAAUAAUGGAAGUUCCUUGGUUGUUAUGUCAAAAGGAACUCCUUACACCCAGCAAUCCUACAAAGUGAGCGAAUCUUUUCCCUUUAAGUGGAUAAACAAGAAGUGGAAAGAAGGUUUUCAUGUAACAUCAAUGACGACUUCUGGGAGUCGAUGGGGUGUGGUAAUGUCAAGGAACUCUGGAUUCUCUGAUCAGGUUGUGGAGCUUGACUUUUUAUAUCCAAGCGAAGGAAUACAUCGGCGAUGGGAGAGUGGUUACAGAAUAACAUCUAUGGCUGCAACCACAGAUCAAGCUGCCUUCAUACUGAGCAUUCCAAAACGAAAAAUGAUGGAUGAAACUCAGGAAACUCUGCGCACAUCUGCCUUUCCAAGCACACAUGUAAAGGAAAAAUGGGCGAAAAAUCUCUACAUUGCAUCAAUUUGUUAUGGUCGGACAGUCUGCUAAUUCUGGGGUGUACAUUGUGGCAUAGUCAAAUUUUGAAAGCUUUUAAGUAUUUUUGAUCUUGAAUUGAAUGUAAAAGGGGGAAAGAAAAGAAAAGAAAAGAAAGAGAAAAAAACAAGAGAGAAUUAAUAGAAUUUAAGAGUUUGAAGUCAAAUGCCAUGGGCAGCUGUUUGUUAAACCUUAAAUUUCAUGGUAACAAGUAGUCUUAUGCUUUGAAUGAUCACAAAUGACUGCUAGUAAAUUGCAAAGUUGUUGUUUAAAGUGGGAAAUGUUUCACUUUCUCUCCAUCCUCUCCACAGCUCAUUACUGCCAUACUUGAUUUGUUGAACAGAUGAGCAAGAUUUAUGCCUGAGCCCUGACCAUGGAAGGUGCUUUUCAGCCAUACUACAAAUUCUCCCAUAGAAUUAUUCACUGGGAGUGCUGGAAUUUUCCUGUUGCUUGAUGGCAACACAUUUUCUGAAACCAAGUUAAGCAAUGACUAUUGAAUGAGUUGAUUUUGGUCGACCAUGUCAGCAGAGAAUCACACAUUUAAUUUUAUGAUUCA